ACAUUUACAUGCGUAGACGUUAACUGAAAUACUUUCGAAAAAAUACGUAGAAAUAAACAUUUUCCGCGUCGAAUGAAUAAUUAGACAGGAUUUAAGCUAACAUUCAAGUAGUCAUUUCUUUUGGCAAAUCUAGCGAAAGAAUAAUUGGUUCCCGAGAAAGCAUGUGACUAGAAAUAAAUUAAAACCAAAUUGGAACAUUAUUUACUUUAGUACACAAAGACUGUGACGAAGAUAUCUGUAAUAAUGAAGACUUACUGGCUUUUGACCGUUUCGGUUUUGAUAUCCGUGGAUAGAAAAGUACUUUCUGACAACAAUGAUUCGGAGGAGGUUUACGAGGAGAACAGUUCAACUGUCGUAAACCUUUUGAACAGGACUUACAUUCAUAUCAAUGGAAAGAUAAAUCAACUAGAAAUACAAGUCCAUCAAAUCGAACAUCCCAACUGUGAUUGUAACGCUACAGAGGUUACAGAGGUCAAACGAGAAAUAUCUUCGGAUCUGAGGAACUUUUCCAAAGUGCUGUCCGGAUUUGAAAAUGAAAUUCGCCUGUUGAAAAAUGAUCUGUCAGAUUUACGAGAGAUGUUUGCUGGCGCAAGUACCGCCACGACCACCAUAACUACAGUUGCACCACGAGUUUGUGAAUUUGGCUGGAUCUCAUCACAGGAGAAGUGUUACUUUUUCUCAUAUGAUUCCGAUAAAAGAGAAUGGGCUCCUGCGAUUGACCGAUGCACGUCAAUGGGAGCGAAACUUGUGGAGGUCAAAACGGACAAAGAAGCUCAAUUCCUGGUAGAAAACUAUGCGAGUAACAUUGGUGACUAUGACUUGGUAUAUACUGGACGGAGGAGGAAUGAUGAAGACGUUUGGGUUUUCCUCAGCAACGAUGAGCGAGUCGAUACAUCAGUGAGGUCAUGGGCUAACAAUGAACCAUCCGGAGAGACAUGCGGGUGUGCUAAGAAGGCGAAUGGAUUUCUGAUGCAAGACUGUGUAUGUGACGGAUAUGGUGGUCUCUAUUUCAUCUGCGAAAUUGUGCGCUAGGCACCGUCUGCUGUGAAUGUCUUAUCUUUAAAGAGACGUAUUCCGCUACACACGGACCAAUCUGUUAAAGAACAAGAAUGUGUUCAACAUAUGAAGCUUUGGGUAUUAUUAUAUAAAGGUGUUAUUGAUUAUGUGUAAUUGAGCAACUGAAAAUGAAAUGUUUCUCACAAAAAACACUUGGAUCAUUAAAACUGAACAGCAACGCAAUCAGCGUUUGAAUCUAAGAUGACGUAUUUUAAUGUACAAAUGAUUUUGCCUGUUAUUCUGUUAAUAAAGAGCUUGUAAAAACAAUAUCAUAAGCUUAAGAUAGAGUGUGUUGGUUUACAAGUAAGUCUACAGGUAAAUAGUAUUUUAUAUCAUCCAAUUUAUGUAAUAUACAUUUUGUAUAAUAAAAGGCAAACUGAAAACGUA